AUGGCUCUCCGGGAUGUAGUAGGUGUGAGGAGCCAACCUUCACAGGCUUCCGGUUGGCCUUUGCCACCACCAAUGGAGAUGGUGGUACCCGCACCCUUCUUGCUGUCCCACGGCACCACCACACUGGCCUUCCGUUGCAGCCAUGGGGUGGUCGUGGCCGCUGACACCCGCUCCUCUUGCGGCAGCCUUAUAUCUGACCCAUCCUCCCGCAAGGUCAUCACUCUCCACCGUCACCUCCUGGCAACCACAUCCGGGACGUCGGCCGACUGUGCCACCUGGCUUCGUCUCCUGCGUUGUUCCUUACGCCUGAGACAUCUGAACGAGGGACAACAGCCCAGCGUUGCCGGGGCAGCCAAGUUGCUGGCUUUCCUCUUGCGUGGAUGCCACAGUAAAGACCUCUGUGUGGCAACCCUGCUGUGUGGUUGGGACCACAACGGGCCUGGGCUGUAUUACGUCUACAGCGACGGCACAUGUCUUUCCGGGGAUGUUUUUUCCGUUGGCUCCGGGUCCCCCUAUGCAUACGGUGUGAUGGAUGGUGGCUACUCCUACGACUUGCCACACGAUGAGGCCUUCCUAUUAGCCCGCCAAGCCGUGGGUCAUGCUGCCCACCGCGAUUCCUAUUCAGGGGGCAAUGUGGAUCUGUACCACGUCCGGUCAAGCGGUUGGGUCUGCAUCUCACGGGAAGAUCUGACUGAUGUUUAUCGAGGCUUAGGGCCGACUGUUGAAGAAAUCCGGGAUGACAAAGACCACCUGCAAGAGGAGACCAAGGUGGAGUAAUAUGGGACAAAAGCAAGAAUUGUCCACAUAUACAGGAAGGGGCCAAAAGUCACCAAGGAGUUUCAGUACUGAAUCACUCCUUUGUUUUUUAAUUUGCAAUACCAUAGAAUCAAAUACAGUAUGGGAAAUAAAUUUACAUUACGUGUGCCAAAUCAAACCUUGUAAGUGGCGUUCAUUUUCUGCUUUGCACAAACAUGCCCUUCCUAAGAUGUUUUCCAUGAUAUCUCUUAGUUUUUCAGGUUCCAGUGCUCUGAUUUCGGUCUGAAUAUUGUUCUUCAACUGUAGGAGCUUUUGAGGCUUAACAUAAACCUUUUCUUUGGAAAUAGCCCCAUAGGAAGAAAUCAG